AUGGCGGACCCACAGGCGACUCACGCUCACGCUCACGAGCAACCCGAGAACCUUCCAGCCGAAGAACAGCAAAGGAACCCAUACUCGUCUGCCAACCGAUGGAGACAUCAGGAGUCGUCCAAAUUCGCCCGCCACGCCGCAGCCGCCCAUGCGCAAGGGUCUGCGCCUGGCCAGGCGCGCGAGCCCGAGAAUCGCGGCAACUCGGCUGACCUCGCCGCGUUCCUCAACAAGACGCGCAUAACGCCGGCCGAGGAUUCCCAGGCGGGAGGUUCGUCGCCCAAGGACCCCGAGUCCAAGUUCAAGCCGAUCGUCAUUGGCGCCGCCGAGGCGCGCAAGGAGACGGGCACUGCGGACCACCCCGACGUGUAUGACAGCCAACCUGAGCCCAAGGGGGACGGCAAGGAGAUUGCUUGUGGGCCGCUGCUCAAUUAUAGGCGCAUGGAGGCCGGUCGUUGGCUUGGCAGUGUCUUGAUUGUUACAAGAGGUGGUGGAAAGGUUCAGAAGCACACUCCGACGUUGUCGAUUCGGAAGCUUGGGCCCAGGGUCGCCGCCCCUAACGGAGUCGUCCCGGCCGGGAAAGAGGUGGAAGCUGCGGCAAAGGGACCGUCGCAACCUGCCGACGUCACAGAUACGGAGACGGCGGACGGGUCAAAGUCAGAGGCUGCCAAUAAUACCGAGUCGGUCCAAAACACUGUUGCGGAAAGUGCUCAAGACGCUCCGGCGCAACAGGAGGGGUCAUCUGUCACGGGCUACUGUCUAUAUUCGGACCCGCGGAACACCUUUUGGCGCUUUGACCUCGAUGUCCCAGUCGAGAGCCAGGAGAUGAGGUGGGAGUAUACCCUCCCGGGUAUGCACUUCAUCAGCAAGACCAAGCCCCAAAGGAACAUCUUUCACGUCCCUGCCGCAUCCGAGUCGAUGCGCCUCAUGUUCCAUUCAUGCAACGGUUUCAGCGUGGGAACCGACGAGGAGGCAUGGAGCGGUCCGGCGCUGUGGAAUGACGUCCUCCGUGUUCAUGAGGAAAGGCCAUUCCAUGUCAUGAUCGGCGGCGGUGAUCAGAUCUACAAUGAUGGCAUCCGUGUAGACGGACCGCUCCGCAAGUGGACGGAUAUCGGUAACCCGAAGAAGCGCCGUGACCACCCAUACCCCGAGAGCCUGCGCCAGGAGUACUCAAUAUUCCCCUUUGCAAAUGCCAAUGGGCAGAUUGCUCAACUCAACAUUUGGGAUGACCAUGAUAUUAUUGACGGCUUUGGUUCAUAUACCGAUCAUUUCAUGCAAUGUGAUGUAUUCAGGGGUAUCGGUGGCACAGCCCACAAAUACUAUCUUUUGUUCCAACAUCAUCUACCACCUCCCGCAUCAACAUACACAUCCGAUGUCGCCGCUGUCGAAAGGGCACCCGAUGGCGAGGCCCACGAUCCUAAUCAACUUAUGGACACUUAUGUGGCGCCGCGCAUGACUGAAUCGCAAUACAUUGUGGGAAACAAGCCUGGGCCCUACGUAGCCGAACACUCACACAACAUGUAUGCGCGCCUGGGUGCACGAAUGGCUUUCAUUGGCAUCGAUGCUCGGACCGAGAGAACACGGCAUCAGGUCAACUACCCAGAGACAUAUGACUUGAUCUUCAGUCGCUUGCGGGAGGAGCUGAGCGCCGCCAAGCAACAAGGCCAACCCAUUCGGCAUUUGAUAGUGCUUCUAGGUAUCCCUAUCGCCUAUCCGCGUCUCACCUGGCUCGAAAACGUCUUUUCCAGCCCACUUAUUGGGCCGCUCAAGUUGUUGAACCGGCGUUUCGGAUUUGGAGGCGGCUUCUUCAAUCAUUUUGACGGCAGUGUUGACCUGUUGGAUGAUUUGGAUGACCACUACACGGCGCGGACGCACAAGCGGGAACGAAACAGCCUGAUUGAGCGGUUGCAGGGUGUUUGCGCCGAACACUCUGUGCGUGCCACCAUCUUGGGCGGCGACGUUCACCUUGCGGCAUUCGGUCGCUUCUACUCCAACCCCAAGCUUGGGAUCCCGAUUGAGAAUGACCACAGGUACAUUCCCAAUGUUAUCUCAUCAGCCAUUGUCAACAAACCCCCACCAGCAGCGGUCGCAAACCUGCUUGCACGCCGCAAUAAGAUUCAUCAUUUGAACCGCGACACAGACGAGACGCUGUUGAAGUUGUUUGACAAGGACCCGGGUGACUCGAGCAAGACAGCCGGGCACAACAGUGUGACCAUGCCCAGUCGUAACUUUGCAAUCAUCACUGAGAACUCGGCCAACAAUGGGAGCCGUCAACCGGCCGCAGGUUCUGGAGCUACACACCUCGCUCCCCCUGGGUCUACAAACGGCACAAAUGGCACAAACGCCGGUGCUACCAAUGGAAACACGAGCAAUACCCACCUGGCUCCUCCGGGAUCGUCUGCCGGUGCCAGUGCCGUCACCUCGGCCGCUUCGUCAGUCCGCUCGCAGGUACCCGGCAAGGACGGGCACUACCCGAUCAGUGCAGGCGAGACAGGGUGUGGCACGACGCACCGCGCCGCGACGGCAAAGCACGGCACGGCCACCGACGGCAGCCUGGACGUCUGCAUACGCGUCGAGAUUGACAAUUCGGACAAGAAGGGCACCACACAGUCGUACGGCCUCUCGAUCCCGGUCCUCGAAUUCGACUCGGCACAACCGGCGCACAGGAGGACGCUGGCUGAGGCUGCCAAGGCUGCAAUCUCAGCCGGCCAUACGGACACGGCGACGGACGGCAAGCAAAAGACAGAGAAGGGCGGCUUGGCUGGGCAGAUAAACGGGAACGGACAGCCUGCCGAUGGGGCUGGCGCUGCCGGGAGCGCUCCCGUAGCUGGUGUGAAUGGUCAGAAGACGCAGUAAUUACAAAUGAGGUGAAUUGCGCUGGGGUUGUUGGUAAUUUUGGUAAUUUUGGUGGGUUAAGAUUUACUGGGUGGUUGUUUUUAAACGAUAUCCCCUUGAUUUUUGGUGGUUUCUUUUUUGUGUCUUUCGACGUUGUUUGCUUAAAUACUUGUACCCCCUUUUUUUUUGCUGAGCAGCAUCGUUGUACCCACUGGAUAUACAGGUUCAGUAGACAAUGUUUUGGCACUUGACAUUUUGGUCUCUAGAUGAGUGGUAACA